CGUAAACAAAUUCAAAUGAUUGAUUCACUUGGUAAUGGUCAAUUUGGUGAAGUCUAUCGAGGAAUACUUCGAACUGAUCAACAAUUAGAAAUUAAUAUUGCUAUAAAAACAUGUAAACUACAAGAUUCAGCAACAACGGAUGCAUUUUUAGAUGAAGCAUAUGUUAUGCAAAAAUUUGAACAUCCACAUAUCAUUAAAUUAAUUGGAGUUUGUACAGAACAACCGGUUUUACUUAUUAUGGAAUUAGCACGAUUAGGCGAAUUACGUACUUAUUUAGUUGCUAAUCGAACUGAUUUUGAUUUAGUAACAUUAGUACUCUAUUGUCAUCAACUUGCUUCAGCACUUUCCUAUCUUGAAUCAAAAAAAUUCGUUCAUCGUGAUAUUGCUGCACGAAAUGUUCUUGUAUCAAAUCAUGAAUCAGUUAAAUUAGCUGAUUUUGGUCUUUCAAGACAAUUAACACUUGAUAAUUCAUAUUAUAAAGCAUCGAAAGGUAAAUUACCAAUAAAAUGGAUGGCACCUGAAUCGAUAAAUUUUCGUCGUUUUACUCAUUUAUCUGAUGUAUGGAUGUUUGCUGUUUGUAUGUGGGAAAUUUUAACCAUGGGUAGAAAACCUUUUCAAGGUAUUGCUAAUACAGAUGUUAUUGAUCAAAUUGAAAAUGGUGUUCGAUUACCAUUACCCGGUACAUAUUGUCCACCACGUUUAUAUACUUUAUUACAACAAUGUUGGUCAUAUGAACCAACUAAUCGACCAAAUUUUAUUGAAAUUGAAUCACGAUUAAAAACAAUAUUGAAUGAUGAAAGAACCAAUAUUCAUUUAAAACCUGAAAAAAUUUCAUUAGCAUCAUCAACUGAAUCAGCAGCAUCAACAAUAGUUUUACCAUCAGAUGAUAACGUUCCACCUAAACCAGCUUUACCGAGUAAAACUGGAUUUAUUGGUAGUCGAUUACAAAUCAAUAAUAAGACAACAACCAAUGCAAAUGUAUCUAGUCAAUAUUCGCAGUUUCGUACUGGUGCUACACAAAAAGGAUGCAACGGUGACGGUUAG